UUUUCCGCAGAUCCAGCCCAGAGAAUUAACCAGAGGCCAACAUGGGUAACGAGACCUCCCUGCCCAUGGACAUGUGCUCCAACUUCGAUGCGGACGAGAUCCGGAGACUGGGCAAGCGGUUCCGCAAACUGGAUCUGGACAAUUCGGGGGCCCUGAGCAUAGAUGAGUUCAUGUCGCUGCCGGAAUUGCAGCAGAAUCCGCUCGUUCAGCGGGUGAUCGACAUUUUCGAUGCGGAUGGGAACGGGGAGGUGGACUUCAAGGAGUUCAUCCAGGGAGUAUCGCAGUUCAGCGUUCGCGGCGACAAGCUGUCCAAGCUGCGAUUCGCAUUCCGGAUCUACGACAUGGACAACGAUGGCUACAUCUCGAACGGGGAGCUCUUCCAGGUGCUCAAGAUGAUGGUGGGCAACAAUCUGAAGGACACACAAUUGCAGCAGAUCGUGGACAAGACCAUUUGCUUUGCGGACAAGGACGAGGAUGGCAAGAUAUCGUUCGAUGAAUUCUGCUCGGUGGUGGGCAACACGGAUAUCCACAAGAAAAUGGUUGUCGAUGUCUAAGGGCCCACAAAUAUACAAAUAUGCAUGCAUACAUCUAUAUAGUAGGAUUCCAAGAAAUGAGUGUGUGUGUGUACCUCUUCCCUUCCUUACUUCCUUCAAAAACCUGUUCAGCUUUAUAAUAAAUGGUCGGUCUGCGAGUCUGUGAGGGCGUGUUUUUGAGGCGUGCCAAAAACGAGGCAGUUUAUUCGAUUUAUUGAUACCUACCUAUCGCAUAUAGUACUCCCCGUACACCCCGUACACCCAAACCUGAUCGAUUUCUCAUCCUCAGAAUGCAAUGAAUUGUGUCUUAAACUCAUACUUGAAACCACCGGCAACGGACCACUCACACUAUAAACUCAUCUCUCCCACGAAGCAUUACUUUCUGGUACUUUUCCCAUACGACUUAGGAUCGCUCGCAUCAUAUUAAACUAGUUUGUACUAUAUCCUAACUCUACGUUCAAUUCAAGCCUAACACUUAAGUUCAUCUCUCGACUAAAUGUUGUGUAUAAGAUAUGUAAAAAAAAAAACAAAAUGGACAAAACUACAACUACUAUUAAACACUGUUUAUCGAAAAGCUAAACUAAAAAACCCCAAA